AUGGUUACACAAGGUUGUGAAGCAUAUCUUGCUCAUAUAUUUGAUACACGCUUGGAAGGUGCAAUCCUUGAGGAUAUACCCAUGGUGUGUGAAUUUCCUGAUGUCUUCCCUAAAAAUCUUUCUGGAUUGCCCUCAGAAAGAGAGGUUGAAUUUCCCAUAGAGGAGAAGAAGCUUUAUGCCAAGCUUUUUAAAUGUGAAUUUUGGCUUGGUGAAGCGGCCUUUCUAGGACAUAUUGUGUCGGCGGUAGGUGUGAAAGUGGAUCCUAGUAAAAUGCACGCUAUUGUUGAAUGGAAACCACCAAAAAGUCCAACUAAAGUAAUGAGUUUCUUCGGUUUAGCGGGAUACUAUAGAAGGUUUGUCAAGGGCUUCUCCAUUAUAGACUCCCCUUUAACUAAACUCUUAAGGAAUGAUGUUAAGUUUGUAUGUGAUGACAAAUGCCAGGAGAGUUUUGAGAAGCUAAAAUCCUUAUUAACACAAGCUCCUAUACUUACUCCACCAACUGAAGGAAAAGAAUAUGUGAUAUAUAGUGAUUCCUCUCAUUGUGGUUUGGGUUAUGUCUUGAUGCAAGAAGGGAAAGUGGUUGCGUACGCUUCCUGA